AUGUCCUCCACAGUCAACAACGGGGCGGCCAGCAUGCCCUCCCCACCGGACGCUGCGAACGGCUUCCCGCAGCCCGGCGCCUCCUCGGGGGCCUGGCCGCGGACGGAGGAGGAGCUGCGCGCCGCCGAGCCGGGCCUGGUGAAGCGCGCGCACCGCGAGAUCCUAGACCACGAGCGCAAGCGGCGCGUGGAGCUCAAGUGCAUGGAGCUGCAGGAGAUGAUGGAGGAGCAGGGGUACUCAGAGGAGGAGACCCGGCAGAAGGUCAGGACUUUCCGGCAGAUGCUAAUGGAGAAGGAGGGAAUGCUCACCAGGGAGGACCGACCUGGGGGCCACAUCGUGGCGGAGACCCCGCGGCUGCUCGAGGGCGCGGAACCGGGCCUGGAGUACGCGCCCUUGGACGAGGACGACGGCCCCGUGGACUGCGACUGCCCGGCCGCCUGCUACCGCGGGCACCGGGGGUACAGAACCAAGCACUGGUCCAGCAGCUCCGCGUCGCCCCCUCCCAAGAAGAAGAAGAAAAAGAAAGGCGGCCACCGGCGAAGCCGCAAAAAGAGGAGACUGGACUCCGAGUGCAGCUGUGGCAGCUCCUCACCCCUGCGCAAGAAGAAGAAAAGUGUGAAGAAGCACCGCAGAGACAGGUCUGAUUCCGGGUCCCGGAGGAAGAGACGACACAGAUCUCGAAGCCCCAAGAGCAAAAGAAAAGAGAAGAACAAAGAGAGGAAGAGGCCACACGGGGAGUCCCCAGGUCGGAGGUCCAAUCGCCACAGCAGCGGCAGCUCCCAGAGCCCCUCCCUCUCCUCCCGUUACAGCGAUUCCAGAUCGCCCAGCAGGCUGAGCCCCAAGCACCGAGAUGACGGGCGGAAGACAGGCAGCCAGCGGUCCAGCGGGAGCCGGUCACCCUCCCCGUCUGGCGGCAGCGGAUGGGGGUCGCCCCAGCAGAACGGCGGCAGCAGACAGCGGAGCGGAGCGCACGGGGGCCGCCCCGGCUCGGCGCACAGCCCGCCAGAUAAGCCCAGCUCGCCCUCGCCCAGGGCCCGCGACCAGGCGGAGGCCGGCGCAGCCACGCCGCCCGCGCGGGGCAAGGAGAGCCCGAGCCCGCGCUCGGCGCCGUCGUCUCAGGGCAGAGGAGGCCGCGCGGCGGGCGGGGCGGCCAGGCGGCGGCGGCGGCGGCGGCGGCGGCGGCGCUCCCGGUCCUCGGCGUCCGCGCCCCGCCGCAAGGGCCGCCGGCGCGCCCGGCCCGCGCCGCCCCGGGGCUCGUCGCGCUCGCUCAGCAGGGCCCGCUCCAGCAGCGACUCCGGCGGCGGCGGCGGCGGCGGCGGCGGUGGCGGCGGCGGCGCCCCGGGUCCCGGGCCGGAGCCCGGUUCCGAGCGAGGCCACGGCGCGCACGGGAAACGGGCCAAGGAGCGGCCCCCGCGCGCCCGGCCGGCCAGCACCUCCCCGUCCCCGGGCGCGCACGGCAGGCACGGCGGCCCGGAGGGGAAGAGCUCGUCGCGCAGCCCGGGCCCCCACCCGCGCUCGUGGAGCUCCAGCCGCUCGCCCUCCAAGUCCCGCUCGCGCUCGGCGGAGAAGAGGACCCGCAGCCCCAGCCGCUCGCCGUCGCCCAAGAAAACCCUGGGCCGGGACAAGGACGGCGAGGGCCGCGCGAGGCACGCCGAGGCCGAGGCCGCCCGCGCGCGGCGCCGCUCCCGCAGCUACUCGCCCAUCCGCAAGCGGCGCCGGGACUCGCCCAGCUUCAUGGAGCCGCGGCGCAUCACCAGUGCCCGAAAGCGCCCCAUCCCCUACUACCGGCCCAGCCCCUCGUCCUCCUCCAGCUGCCUGAGCAGCGACUACUCAAGCCGGAGCCCCAGCCGCAGCCCCAGCCCAGGCCACAGCCACGGAAGCUACAGCAGCCGCAGCCGUGGGACCCGCAGCCGCACGCGCAGCCCCUCCCGGACCCCCAGUCCCAGCUACCACAGCCGGAGCAGCUCAGAGAGUGGGGGCUUCUGAGCCCAGAGAGACCGAGCUUGGUGCCCCCGGCAUAGGGAAAGGCGAGGGGUCAGGCCCCAGGACCUGUGAGGGGGCCUGCACCCCUCUGCUACAAAGAGGUCCCCAGGCCAGGGAAGACCUUGAGGGUGGGCGCCCUGCAGAGGAGGAGGAGCUGGGUUCUGCUGCUUCUAGAGGGUCCCCACCCCCACCUCCUGCCUGCCCACCGUGUCCAGGGAACAAAGAGCCUUUGCGAACACAGGGAUCACCCUGUCCCCCUUCCUGCUUGAUGCCAGCUCGCCAGGCUGGGGACAGCUCAGUGGACCCAGGGACACCUCGGAAGGUGCCAGAUCUGGGAGCCUCCCCUACCCUCUCCACAGCGCCCUCGGAUCCUCUCUACCAAUGGGCAGACAAAGCCGUGGGAAGGCAACCAGGAUCUAAGUUAGACAGAAGGAAGAAUGGCCCAACCUUCGGUGCAUCACCACCCAGACUGGGAUGCUGCUUCCUUCUAGACCGGUUGCAGGAUCCUGGCUCAGAGCUGGAAGCCGGCUCCACAGUCUCCAGCAGCCCUUCCCCUGGCCCAGGAGUCCCCAGACCGAGCAGGUGGGCCCCAGCCUGAGGAGCUGGGGAGCUCACUCUUGGUCCCCCCUCUCCUCUCCAGGCCAGGCUCUCCUCUUCAGCGCUCACCCCAUGCCCUGGGCCAAGGCCACAGCAGCCAGGCCUUCUGCAUGACAAGAGGUGGGACAUUCAGACCACAAUGUAUCUGGCCAUGAGGCCUAAAGGGGUUCGGAUCAGAAGGUGGAGGAGAGAGAGGUAGAUAGAAGAGCCUGGAGGAACAGGAGAGGGCAGUGCAGUCCCAUGACCGAGCAAGGCCUGGUGUCCCGGUGUGCCCUGUGUCUGGGACAUGGGCCAGAGGGUACCACAGGAUCACCGGCAUAGGAUAACACGCACUUCAGGGCCUGCCCAAGGGAGCACUUCCUUCUCGGGUUUGGUGGGGAGGUGGUCAGUGGAGGCUACCCAGAGAAGGGUGCUACAGCCCUUUGAAGAAAGGGUAAGAUCUAGACUGAGGGCCUUGGCCUGGGCAUCCAUGGGGAAGCAGUGGCCCUCCCCCCGCCAGCCCUCUGCUGCUGCUCCCAGCCCACUCCUCCUGGGGCCCUCAGGGAUCUCACAAAGUCUUCCUUGGCCCAACAGGGCACCUGCCCUGGGCUCCCAUGGGGGGAGGGGUCUGGGGUCUGGUCCGGGUUCCCCCUCUCUCUAUUCCCCCCUCCCUCUUUCUCCGCGGUGCGGAUAAAAAUCGGACUCUAAUAAAACACUUGGUGCCCGGAUGGCAGGUGGUGAGACCAGGCCUCUGUGGAUUUG